UACCCGCCAAAGAGGGUCAGAAAUGGACAUCAUCAGGACCCUGAACUCGACAAGAGGUGAAAGCAUCAUUUCCAGGAAAAAAGAUUUCUUAUAUAACCCGUGGACUUAGUCAGAGCUGAAGAUGCCCAACUGGGGAGGAGGAGCCAAGUGUGGGGCCUGUGAGAAGACGGUUUACCAUGCUGAGGAGAUCCAGUGCAAUAGCCGGAGCUUCCACAAAACCUGCUUCAUCUGCAUGGCUUGUCGUAAAGGUUUGGACAGCACUACAGUUGCAGCACACGAGUCUGAAAUUUACUGCAAAUCCUGCUACGGCAAGAAAUAUGGUCCAAAGGGUUAUGGGUACGGCCAGGGCGCCGGAGCGUUGAGUUCUGACCCCGUCAAUAAUGAAGAACUUCAGCCUCAAGAGUCCAAAGCUCCCCGUCCUGCAUCUGCUAACUCAAACCCAAAGUUUGCACAGAAGUUUGGGAGCACAGAUCGCUGUCCUCGCUGCUCUAAAGCCGUUUAUGCAGCAGAGAAAGUCAUGGGCGCUGGAAAGGCCUGGCACAAAACCUGCUUCCGCUGUUUAUUGUGUGGGAAGAGCCUGGAAUCCACCACGGUGACGGAUAAAGAUGGAGAGCUCUAUUGUAAAGUUUGCUAUGCCAAAAACUUCGGUCCAAAGGGGCGUGGCCUGGGGAACCUGGGUGUGGUUGAGGAGAAUGAUUGACAAGUUUAGUCCAACACAAUCCAGCACUUUCUCACUGCACCCAGCACGUCAAUAAUAGCGGAUUUUUUUUACACACUGUACAACAAUGACUAUUUUUCUCAUUAUUGUAAAAAUUCUGCUUUGCCUCACAGGAACAAAAUUAAUAAAAUUGAACAAUAAUUCCGCA